AUGGCUGACACCUCCAAGUUGCAUCCUGCGACUACCGUCACCAAUAUCAAAUCAUGCAUUCCUAUUGUGCUUGACUACGAAGGAAGCCAAUACAAUAACUGGGCUACCCUCUUCAAGCUCCAUUGUCGUGCCAACUUGGUGAUCGACCAUAUCCUACCUCCUGCCUCUCCCACCGUGCCACCACCGGCUACUGCAGCCGAGAAACUUGCUGCUAAGGCCCUAUGGGAACGGCUGGAUGACAUUGUUCGGCAAUGGAUUUAUGGCACCAUAUCCAAUGAUCUUCUUAACACGAUCAUUCAUCCAGAGGACACCGCCGCCGAGGCUUGGGACCGCCUUGUUCAUCUUUUUCAGGACAAUAAAUCGGCUAGGGCUCUCGCUCUUGAUGCGAAGUUCACCAACACCAAAUUGGUGGAUUUUCCGAAUGUGAAAGCAUACUGCACCAGGCUGAAAGUUCUUGCAGACAACCUUGCCAACGUCGGUCACAAAGUUUCCGACGAACGACUUGUGCUUCGCCUUCUCGCGAGGGUUGUCGGAGGAAUAUAA